CCGUGCGCGCGCGUUGUGGCUCACUAAAAUUGUUUUGGUAUAGUGCAUGUGAGCUACUCUGCUGUACAAUGGUCCAUGGUCCAUGCAUAUCUUCAUAAUAACUCCAAACAUUAUAACAACACAUCUGUACGAGUGCAGCCUGGCCAUUGACUGGCAGACUUUUGGUAGAGUGGGCACCAUUCAAGUAGUGUCGUAUAUACGGAGGCGAUGUCGUUGGGCGCCGUCUUCGAUCGCGAAACUGCGGUCGGGAAACAUCUCUGAGGCCGCUGCUACAAAUUUGAUAUUAUUAUAUAAAAUUACGAAAGAGUGGAAAACGGUCCGUUCGAACAGCGUGUGGUUGAUUUCUGCAGGUUGCGGGAAAAUCUUUGUAAUAUGUUCAGUGCACUCUACGAGCUUAAGCAGGAAAUAUGACAAGUGUUACGGUAGUGGCCGUAGUUUUAUUGGGCCUUCAACUAUGGGGUUGUAGUCAUGCCAUAACUGUUUAUAGUGACAAGAAAGUUUCUGCCAGUGAGAAAGAACGUAAAACGGAGAGUUUAACAUUUUCUGCUAACGGUGAAGAUCAACUAAUAUUCAGCGAUACAAGAUUUCCAGUGCGUAAUGGAGAAAUCGGGAAAGCAUCAGGUGCAAUAAGAAGAGUCAUUGAUACGGAUGGAGCAGAAGAAUUUUUUGAGUCUGGUUGGCGACCAGUAUCCGGGUCUGAUUUGCAACAACUUCUGAGAAAAUUAUCGGAUCAAAUACCUCAUGAAUCGGUGCACAAAGCGCGGAUGGUUGCACAGCCGUGGAAUAAAACUACAAGAUUCAUUCGGUUCUCAGAAUCUGAUACAAUGAGAAAUCCUGCGUUUAUUCCAACAACUAUGAAGACUACAAUACCUUCGUCAAAUAAUGUCAUAUUUAAAGAUAUUUCUUCCGAAGAAGAACUUUCUUACGAAGACUCAUUUGAAGGACUGAACGUUGGUGAAGUGAAUCUGGUAAAAAAUCAUAUUACUAUUACGCCCAGAAUGUUCAAGUUUGAUGAAAAUGAUGGAAUGAAGUUUAAAGACGAUUCGCCAGAAUCAUUUGAAACUAGCCAAGGCCAAUCAGAAUCGAACAUUGAAGAAUCGAAAGAAUCUGCUAACUAUGAGGUGUAUGUGCUGGAAAAUCUGUUGAAAAAAUCGAAUUCGUCGUUCCAAGUUGAUGAUACCAUUAAUGAUAUCUCGAGUAACACGCAAUCACGAAUUCUACAACCAGAAAAUAAUAUUCCAAAUUCGGAUAACAAAUUUCCAGUGCCAUCGAGAAAUGUUAGUCGAUUCUUUCGAUUUGAUGAAACUGAUACAGUCCCGGAAACAAACCGAGUAAGCACCUUCAAAUUCCAGGAGAAUCAUUCAUCGCGAGAUGAUUUUAAAUUUCCUCGAAAUGAUGAAACUAGCAGCAGAGAUAUAUACCGCAACACUGGAGAGCCGUUCAAGUUUCGCGAAACCGACAGUAGGCCGCAAAAUUCCGUAUCGUCGCCAAUGCGAUUUGAGCAAACCGUCUCUGAGCCUCCAAGAUUUUUCCACGGUGACCAAUCCUCGCCUCAAAGUUCUUCAGAUCAGUUCUACACGGUGAAUGCUAUGAUUCAAAUUGAUGGAUCCGAUAACGCUGUUAUAACUCCACCAACUGUGCCUAUCGCUACUAGGAGGCCGAAGAAAAAGAAGGGAAAAAUUUACUCUCAAAAUGGAUUUGAACAUCGAAAGCAGGACGGUUUUAAUUACCAAUAUCCACAGGAUUACGGAAAUUAUCUUCAGGGCGAUCAACAACUAUCUCCCAACCAGUACCAACCACCAUCUAGCCAAUACCAAGGAAAUUAUCAAAUUCCACCAACUCCACAGAAUAUCCCCAUUAGCAAUUACUAUCAAAACUUGGGUCCCGCUAACCCAGGAACACCAUUCGAUCCCAAUAGUUACUAUAUCCAAAACUAUCUCGCUAACUAUCCUUACCCUCAACAACCCCAAGCUGAGGCAUCAGCAUCCUACCCUGCAAUCUAUCCCCAGCAACAGAACGUGCCAACGAAUCUCAUCAACGGAGGACAAUCCGACAGCCCCAUAAGUGCCCAAAGUGUCCUCGGUUUCCUCCAGAGCAUAUUCAACUUUGCUCCGGGCACGUUCGGUAACAGUGGCCCAACGCAACCUGGCCUACCGCCGUCUGGUUUCGGUGGAGCACCCGCGCAGCAGCACUAUCCGGUUCCUAGUGGCUCGGCGUCUCCCAUCGUGGCCGCCAGCAGUCAACUUCGCAAGGCGCUGGACAACAUUGCCGAAAAUGACGAGCUGCAGUGCGUGCCGAAGCUGAUCUGCAUGAUGUCCAGACGGUCCAGCGGGCAGGGAUUCGGCACCUACGUUAAUCGGGGACUGUUGAGCACGGUUCUGAGUGCCGUUCCUGACAGUUCACCUUGGCUCAAGUUCUCUCGAGCCGCACUACUCGGCUACGGUAUUGGGGCCAACAGCUGUGAUGUGUACUACCCCAAGUGCCCCAAGGAUGAGCCAGAGAUCAUCCACUACCUGAAUAAUCACCGGGGAGGUUUCUUCCGCUUCUUCAAUGAUGACCACAAAAAUUCCAGCAGUGGUUGAAUAGGAUCGUGCCAAACGUGAACGCUUAAAACUAAAACAAUGCUUACAUUCUAACUCAUAGUUAAGAUAAGGAAGAAAGUGUGAUUAUUUAUUGAAUAGGUAGAUACGAAUAAAAAACGAAAU